AUGAAUUCGCAUCAACUGCUGCGAUGGGGCGGUUUGGUGAUUUGUGUCUUGUUGUUGGCAGGAGUAGCAAUGAAUAUCCAUCAUUUAAUAUCCAAGUGGAAAAUGAAUGGGAAAUCAGUUGUUGAAUCAACAUCGGACACAGUUACCAUUUCAAAGGUCGAAUUGGAUGAGCUGAAACAAUAUGCUCAUUCAUGUAAAGUAUUAAAACAUUUUUCUAUUGUAUUGAUUGAUACCGGAGGCAAUGUUCAUAAACAAAUUAGAACAUUGGUAGGAACAAUACAUCGUUAUCACGAAGCGGAAUUAUUGAUUUAUGUAUAUGGUGUAGAUCUUGAUGAGCCUACUCGGAAUGAAAUAUAUCUUUGGAAAAAUGUCGAAUAUUGGGAUGUCAGAGAACUAUAUCAAGCCACAACAAACAUUGAUCGACCUGAGAAAAUCAAUCCCGAAUAUUACAAACCUGUUAUUUUCAAACACAGUGCUGAACGAUUAGGAAAGUUUGUAUACAUUCAAACAGGACAUUAUUUAACGAGAAGGCUCGAGUUGGAUAAAAUAGACGCCUACUUGGAAAGAUAUGGAAGCUUUUUUGCAUCACCAAAAUGUCAUUCACCUCUUCCUAAAGAUAAGGGCCUUGAAGCUGUCAAGUCUUUUGAUGUGGUUUUUCAUGGUAUUACCUAUAACUCCUAUGCAUACAAGAACCUUUAUAUUCCACUUUAUGAAUGUUCUAGGGCAAAAUGUGCUCCCUCACACUUAAAAGAUUUGGAUCCAGAAAAGUUUGACAGCUUGUCUGACGAUUUGAAGCAUGCAAUGCAUUGUCAAGAUUUAGCAACUAUCACACACGCAAUUUCAGCGGACGCUCCAUUGGAUAGUGCUUGUUAUAUCAUCAAUAGAGAAGAUAUGCUUCUUUCUCCUUCACAACUACCAGGAUUUCCAAUUAAAUCUUGGGUUGCAUUUACUCCACAAAAGGAUGACACUGGACUUAUUAAGCAAAACGACGACAAGCGAAUUCACGUUGCACUUGGUGUACCAACAACAUCUAAGGGUCAUAAGAGUGUCAACGAAAAUCCUCUCUUUAAAGUAUUUCUUCCUAGUUUGAAAGAAACAAUUGAACGAAAAGGAACACCAGAAGGUGACAAAUAUGUGUACAAGCUUUAUGUUGCCAUUGAUCGUGGAGAUCCUGUUUACGAUAACACUGAAAACCAAAAACAAUUCAAGAAUUUGGUUAUGAGUCAAAUGGAAGGAUAUAAUUUCCAUUUCCAAAUUAUCAAAGUUAUUAAUUCUCAUGGAUGGGUUCCAAUGUUGUGGAAUACUGUUUUCCAACAUGCCAUUGACGAUGGUGCUGACUAUUUCUAUCAACUUAAUGAUGACGUUAGAUUCAUUACUCCAGGAUGGACAGGAAUGUUAGUUGAACGAUUGGAGAAUAAUCCUUUCAGAAAGAACUUUGGUGUUACGGGACCAACAGAUGAAGGAAACAGAAGCAUCUUUACACAAGCAUUCGUGCAUCGAACACAUCAUCAUAUUUUUGGAUACUUCUACCCAUAUGUUUUCAAAAAUUGGUAUAGUGAUGACUGGAUUUCGCUAGUUUACAGAGACUCCAACUCGUACUUUAAGGAUCCACACAAACCAAUGGUAAGAAAUCAACAAACAUUUGGUACUAGAUAUGACAUUUGUGACGCAAAUGGACGAGAGAACCUUCACAAGAUUUUGCAGAUAUCGAAGGUAAAGAUCAAAGAGUACCUGGAAUCUACUACAGCUCCUUAA